UGUUGCCAAAAUCGCUAAAAUUUAGGAAAAAUCCUCCAUUGAAUACCAAGAAUCCGUUUCAGUUUAUUCUUAAAAAUUAACCAUUCAAAUUAGCUGGAAUUCUAUUGCGUUGCAAAUUUCCCUUUUCGAAGAUACCAUAAUUUCAUUGUAGAAUACAAUUUCAACGUAAGCAGCGAUGGAAGAUAAUAAUUCUUCGAGCGAUGACGAAAUUCCUUAUUCCCCUACAAGUCCUCAAUCGGGUGGAAAAAAGCUGAAACUGAAUGACGGCAGUUCACAGGAUAGUAUUAAAGAAACAGUUGGUUCAACGAGUAAAGAUGAGAAUGUGGACAGUGGAGUGUCUGCUGAUAAGUCUGAGAGCACCAGUAGCGAUGAUCGUGGUCAGGCCGCGACAGAGGGGCCUUCGAACGAGGUAGUGAACGUAGCCCCAUCUGGCAGCAACGUGAGAGCGAUCCUGCUGAAUCUCAGACGUCCUAAAUGGGGCAGAAACUACAGGAAACGAAAGACUCCAGAUAGAGACUCGGACAGUAACGCCUCCUCGAGGGAUUCAGAUGACUUAUCCACAGACGAGCCCAUUGCACCUCCCCGAGUAUUUGAUGCUCUUUUGGAUUCAGAAACAGAGAGUGAUGAUCUACGAAGAUCGGUGGGAGAAAGUUUUAGUGGCUCAACAAGUACUUCAGACAGCAAUGACAGUUACGAGUCAGACAACAUGAUAGACCUAAACUCUGGUGACACGGACACGGACGAUGAGCUACAAGUGCACAGGACUGCGGACGAUAAUGAGACUGAGGAGAAUAAGGGCAAACUCCCCCCCGUGCUGCUCAAGACGAGGCCAAAGCACAGCUAUUUAUUACUUAGAGAAAUAAUAAACCGUGAGAUGGGGCUGACAUUUCCCUGCGGCAAGAUCGCGCAAGAGGACCUCAUGUUCGAACAAAGAUUCUACGGGUCCUUGCACUCGAUCUACAGACUGAAGAAGCUACACCAUCUCAACAAACACAGAGGCUGCGUUAAUUCCAUAAAUUUUCAUCCGGAAGGGCACCUCCUAGCGUCGGGGUCGGACGACACGAACGUGGUAGUAUGGGACUGGGCCCGCAACACAGCCAUACAGACGAUCAAGACCGGCCACAAGUCUAACGUGUUCCAAAGCAAGUUCCUCUUCCUCAACGCCAAGAGUCAGCUCAACAUCGUCACGUGUGCGAGAGAUGGACAGGUCCGACUCCUGCAGUGCCACCCCAGCGGUGGGUCGACAGUAUCGCGGCGGCGGCUGGCGUCGCACUCGCGGGCGGCACACAAGCUGCACGUGAGCGCCGCCGAGCCGCAUCUCGUCAUCUCUGCGGGGGAAGACGGCCUCGUCAUGCAGUGCGAUGUUAGAGAUGAACAUGCUUCCAGACUAUUCCAAGUGAAGGACCGCAGUGUCAUCGUCCCGUUAUACAGCGUGUGCGGUCACCCAGUCGAACCGCGAGAGCUCAUAGUGGCCGGCCGCGACAAGUACGUGCGAAUGUACGACAGACGCAAGUGUACGCGGCCUCUUGCCUUAUACUGCCCUACUGCCUUUAAUGAACACGCUGGCACAGUAAAAAGGAAAGUGCGGCUUUCCAUGAUGCACUUAACCUGCGCCGUGUACAACCACGAUGGCUCAGAGAUACUCGGCUCCUACAACGACGAGGAUAUAUACCUGUUUGAUGUCAAAAAUGAUGUUUUUGAUAAAGACAAUGCCCACGACGACACUCGCGACGGCUUCACGCACCGCUACAGCGGACACCGCAACAGCGCCACCUUCAAGGGCGUCGCCUUCUUCGGGCCCAAGAGCCAGUUCAUCGUCUCCGGCUCCGACUGCUCGUACAUAUACGUGUGGGACAAGAAUACCGAGUCUAUUGUCCAGUGGCUGCAAGGAGAUCUUAAUGGUGUGGUAAAUUGCAUAGAAGCCCAUCCGCGGUGUCCGGUGCUGGCCACCAGUGGACUCGACAAAGACGUGAAGAUCUGGAUACCUAGGAGUCAAAACGAUCCCACGUACGAGGGGUUAGAAAAGGUGGUGCGAGAAAACGGAGUGUCCCAGCUUCGGAGUCCGUUGUUCAACGAUUUUUUACCUACACUAUAUAGCGCCUGGCGCGGCGAGAACAGACUGUUCAGCGACGACGACUCCGCGCCGCCGCUCGGCGGGAACAUCGAGUUCGACGGCAACGUCUGCACCACCUUCUAACCUAACCACCCGUCGAGAACUACGUCAGCAGCGGAGGUGCCAUAUCGGACAAUAUCCUAAGAAAGUACCGCGCCAAAGUGCGAAGGACGAGGAACGUUACUGUCUUCGCCCUUAUAAGCCUUAUCUGUACCCGAUUUUGUUGGUGUCUCGAAACACGAACGCCUCGUUAGUUCGUUUUGGUCAUGCCCACCGUAUGAGUUUAACCUAGAAGAUGGCGCCUGAUCUACCUGCAUUAUGGCAUCUCCGCUCAUCUUUCCUUACUCCGUAAACCGAACUUAUUUACGGCGGGCACAGAUUUAAACGCAGCGAUUAAAAACUUUUUUGUUGUUAUUUCCUUGUUGUUUUGUUUAUGAUUGGUUGGUUAGUGAUGUAAGAAUGUAGAGGUAGUAAUAGUGCACUCAUUGUAUGUGGCCAUUUUGUUUUUUAAAUGCCCAUUAUUAAUAAACGAUCUAUUUGUAAAUUUUCUACUGUAAUAGAAUAUAAUCUACAGAUAGAUGGUUUUUUAAUAAUGGGAGAGUGUACAGAAUUUUAUUCUGAUCACGUGUUGUUUUUGACUACAGUACCGUAAAUUAAAAAGCAGUCUUGUACUUAGUGGUACAAUGUGUAGAAUAUAAAGAAUAACAUUUCAUAGUAGUGUAUAUUCUAACUGUGUAUUUUGAAAAGCAUUUUUUGAAUAUAUUACGUCCUUUAAUAAGGUCUCUUUGAUAAUGUAAACUUCGAUUGCUUAUGUAAAAUAUGGUACACGCUGCAUUUAAAUCUUGGCCUAAAAAACUUAUAACUAGGCUAUAAAGUUUUGUCUUCUAACUUUUCACUCACUAUUUAGUUGAAAUAUUGUAAAUGUAAUGCCAAACAUACACAUGUUAAUAUUAGUUGUUUUUUUUAUAUAGUUGUUGGACGCUUGUGGUUUUUGAAAUAUAAAUGGGAAAGAUUAAAGUUAUUUAUAAAUAAUCUGUUAUCUUCAAUAUUUGAAUGUCGUUGACCUAGUUACAUGCCAAUCAUUUUUUGACAAAUCUAAAUAUUAGCUGAUUCAUAUCUAACACUUAAUUAUAAUAGCGCAUAAUCAUAGUUACCUAUUUAUUUAAUUUUCCGUAAACAUCUAAGCUUGGGGUUACACAAAAACGUUAGCCGGUUUAAAUUUCGAAUGCAUGGUUGCCAGCUCAAAUAUUUCGUAGCUGGCAAUAAGGUUGCAAUGAAUGAUUGAAUAAAGGUCAUGUGUAAUCUCUGCACGUAUUACGGCACUGCGCUGACGCAACUAUGACUGGCCAGUUAGUCAUGAUGUAUUUAAAAUAUAUCUAUUUACAAAUGACCUGUACUAUGUACUAGAUCUUGUGUACGCGUGUUUGUUUUCCGCUACAGACACGAGUAGUGAGUUUUUGCCUAUUCCAUCUCAAGGCUAAGCGAUAAAUAGAUGGUUUUAGAAUAUUUUCUAUGUAAGUCUAUGUGUAAUUAACAAGAAAAGAUCCUUAAAAGUUUACUUUUGUCUCUUGAUGUCGUGCAGUAUAUCCAUAUAAACAUAAUUAUUACAUACAUUUAUCGUACAUGUAUAUACUUAAAUAGAACGUAAUAUGAAUAAAUAGUACUUUUGUGUCUUUUGUAUAAUCAUAUCUACAUAGAGUUACUAAUACAUAAGAAAAUUCAAUAUACAUUUUUAAUCGACGUGUUAAAAGUCAGAUAGAAAUAGUAAUCCUGUAAGCGACUCCGUGAAUUCAAAUUAGCAAUUAGUUUAAGGAAAAACAGCACUCAUUUCCUUUCCGUAUCAUACAUAAACGAAGCAUAAUUGAAGAGCACAUUUAUAUGUCGCUACAGAUAAUAUACAUUGUAAUAAUGUAGCGUAAAGUGUAUGGGUACGAUAGAUACAAUAUUGGUGAUGCAAUUUCAACAAAGCGUAGCUGUAUGGAGUCCCAAAAAUAUAUAAACACCACAAGCGUCCCAUAGUUCGGUAGUUUUGAAGGUAAAACAAUUUUAUAUUCUAUAAAUAAUAUGUAUAUGCCUGUGAUAUAUUGAUUUGAUGGAUAUAUUUGAUUCAUAAAUUAGAAAAUACUUUGUUUAUUAUUAGUUUUGAAGAAGAAAUCAUAAGCUAGUGGACGUAACGGAUAGAUUAUUCAAUAAUAAUCGUAUUUCGCAUUUCAUGUGAAUACAAAAAUAUGAAUAAUAUCCUAAAAAGGUUACCUAAUGAGAAUGUACGCAAAAAUAUCUUAGAUGUAUGGAAUAUUCUAGAAAGAAUGAUCCAAAGUCUAUAAAUCCAGUUUAAUCAUAAUUUGCAUACGCAAAAGGAUUCCCGCUUGUUUAACCAUUUCUCCUAUAUGUAACUAAAAUCUUUGUGUAAACUUUUAACCUCCAUAUUGUAGAUAUAAACGAAUGGUUAGUUGUUUUAUAACAGGGUAAAUCCCGGACGGUAUAAUGAUGUUGUGCCUACUAUCGUGUUUUGUGCUAUUUUGGUGUCAAGUAGCGAGAAUAAGUUUCUAUUGUACCUAUAAAUGCGCCGUUCAGGUAGUCGGACCACUGAGGUUCGUAUGUAUAAGGCAGCUACAGGAAAAAUACCAUGUAGACUUUCAAAACUAGCACGGAACACGACACCGUCUCUCCUAAUAUAAUAACACUUUUUCACGUUACUUUCUUUUAUUAUUGUAUUUUAAUAAACUACAGUUUAUAUUUUAGACGUGACUUUUCAAGUAUGCGAACGCCACUCAUGUAAAAGGGCUCGACAAUGUGUUCAAGACAAAUCAAUUUUGUCUAAGUAAGAAUUUAUUUACAAAUCGAAUUGGGUUACAGAUUAAAUGUAAAUAACGAAUUUACCGUUACGUCUAAAAUGUUUAGCGGAUUUUUAUAUAAAGAAUAAUCUUUUUCUUUGCUACGUUUGCCACCGCUCAUCUAGGUCAUACGAUUAUAUUUUAGUUCGAGUGUAUUUUAUUUAUCGUUUACCGCCUCCCAAUGUGUGUGGAGUAAAACAUGUAAGGUUAGUCCCAAUGUGUAAAUAAAUGAUGAUUUGAAAUA